GCCUGGUUGUGAGGCUCGAAGUCUGGGGCGAUACUGACGAUCUCCUGGUGGCCUUUAGGCUGGACCUAAAAUGCGAAAGGAAGCAGGUAGCGCUCGUCCUCUAGCCGCUGAUCGCUGCAGAUCGCGUUAAUCACGGUGCAGGAAGAUGGUGCGUGAGUUUCUGCUGCUGGAGAUGUUUCUAUAGAAACGUUUGGAGAUAGUUGGGAAGCUUCCCGCGAUUCAUCAGAGCUCCAUGCAAAAGGGUGCAUGAAAUGCGUCCUCCCUGCUGCCAUAUAAAUGCUUAGGCAACAGCACUUUGAAACAGCCAGACGGCGUAGCCUUGAAACAUAAGCUGCAGACUGAUAUGAUCUGCUGAGGAAUAUGCAGUUUGCGUAAGUUAAUCUGCGGAAAGUUGAGGGAAAGUGCGCUCUUUUCCAUCCCGAGCGUUAAGAAGACCAAUACUCAUCAUGCACUUUUUAAUAGCACGACUGUUGUAAAUUGCAUCGCAGUCCCAAAUUUUCUGUUGCUCGUCUUUACUACCUUGCAGGCUACAAUAAAGUAGUAACUAAAUUAAGGGUGCAUCAUGAGCACAGAGAAACCCAGCUUCCUGUCCCAGCCCGUCGUGAAAAAUAUAUACGUGUAUCGCAACGGCGAUCCUUAUUACGAGGGCCGCCGGCUGGUCAUUAACGAGAAGAAGGUGUCCAGCUUCGAGACCUUCCUGCGGGAGGUUACCGGCGGCGUGCAGGCUCCGUUCGGCGCCGUCAGGAACAUCUACACGCCGAGAGCCGGACACCGGGUCUCCUGCAUGCAGCACAUCCAGAGCGGCCAGCGCUACGUGGCCGCGGGGAGCGAGAAGUUUAAGAAGCUGGACUAUUCAGAGAUUGGAACCAAAAAGAAAAGGCUUCUUCAAAAUAAUGGCGUGAUGAUAAAGCAGGUGGCCCAAAGUCGUAUAGCUGCAUCAGCGAGGUUCCUGAAACCCAUCAAAGAGCCCUGUCUGAUUUUCGUGGUGGCGAAUGGAGACGUACUGAACCCCCCUGUCCGACUACUGAUACCGCAGCGGAUGCUCGGCCUUUUCGAGCGAGUGCUGGAGAUGAUCACCGAGAAGAUGAAUCUCAGGAUUAUGGGAGGCGUUCGCAGCCUGUACAUGCUCGAUGGGACGCUCGUCAGCGAUGGAAAUGACCUGGAAAGCGGACAGUACUAUGUGGCUGUCGGGCGUGAAAGGUUUAAGAAGCUUCCCUAUACUGACCUCAUAUUUGCCAAACCAGCAUCGAUGAGAAGAUUUGUUGGGUCAAAGGCUGCCUCCCUGCCUCCGAUUUACAGAGCCAAAAAGCAGGAUGGACCUGUGGGCAGUGAUCAGAGUAAAUCAAUGGGAGCAACCAAUGGUGCAUCAGAUUCUAAGAUGGGAUCCCCGAAGCAGGGCAAUGAGGCCCAGCUGAUGAAACUGAGGCAGAGGAAGAGCAUCCUGACCAUGUCGCUAGGAGCCCAGGACAACGAUGAAGGGGACCAGAGAGAGGAAGAAGGUGCUGCAAAUCCAGACGCUAACCAGGACAACGGUCCGGAGGCUCCUCUGCCCUCCGAGGAGAUAAAAGGAGAAAGCGAGAUUGGAACAGAAGAGAGUGCAGGAGGAAACGAUGAUAGAGAGGAAGACGUCACUAUCCCUGGUGCCGGCGAGCUGGAAGAGGAGGAAGAUGGAGCAACAGCUGCAGACGAUGAAAGGGAGGAGGAGUCAGACACAGUCGACACAUGGCCUUUGGUAAAUGGAAAUGGGGAAAUGAACGAGGGAGAAGAGGAGGUGGAGAGGAGCGAGAGAGAAGCAGACAACCCCACUCCUGGAGUAAAUGGAAAUGGGGAAAUGAACGAGGGAGAAGAGGAGGUGGAGAAGAGUGAGAGAGAAGCAGACAACCCCACUCCUGGAGUAAAUGGAAAUGGGGAAAUGAACGAGGGAGAAGAGGAGGCGGAGCAGAGCGAGAGAGAAGCAGACAACCCCACUCCUGGUGUAAAUGGAAAUGAAGUGGACGGUGAGGAGGAAGAUGACCGAGCAGAGGACUGCGGGGCGGAAACGGCGAAUGACCCGUCUCCCGAGAUGGAGGACAAGCAGGCAGAGGAAGAGCUGGUGGGUGGGGAUGAGAAGGAGGAGGGUGAAGCUGGAGAUGGAGAGCAGGAAAACGGUGAGCUGGAGGCUAAGCACAACACUAAUGAAGGCGAGGAGACACAGGAAGUGAGAUCAGCAGAAGAAGCCGAUCCUGGCGGAGCGCCGGAGAGGGAAUAGGAAUGUCGGAAAUGAAGCAAAGGACACUGGAAGUCCCAAAAAUGAAGAAACAUCCCAGGGAGCUGAAGACAUAAAACUAAUAAAUAACCUGCUGAAGAUGGCAAUCUAGCAGGACAGCAAUACAGGUCUGAUGUCAGACUCUAAGGGCGACAGGAAUUCUGGGAAAAUAAGGCUCCCUGAAUUAAAUGACAAACUAUUGAAUACCUCAAUGAAUAAAAAACACAUUUUCCCACUAAAUUGGCAAAUUAGCCAAACAAUUCCAAAUAGAUCUAUUUAUUUUUAGUACGCAGAUAUUUUCUGAAGAUUUAACACAGUGUAUAUUUUGUAGGGAUACAGAUAAGUUUUAUUUUCUCUAGUUAAGGAAAAGUGUGUAUGGAUGUUUUCCUUCAGCAAAGUAAUUCUAUCUCGUUCUUAGAAAAUUAUUUAUUUAUUAUUUCUUUUAAUUUUGCCAGUCUUUUUUCCCAAAAAAUCUCAGGGGAUUUAAUAAAAGGUACAUAAUAACCAUAUAAAUAAAAAAUAUGCUCAAUCAAUUACCAGCUGGAUAACAACCCAAUUCAAUAUGUGAAGACGCAAACCAUUUCAAUAUUUUUCCUGUGUUCCGUAGCACAUUGUAGCCCCGGCUCUGAAACGGCUGCUUUCCAUGAAGAGCGUGUUGUGGGGGGAGGGAAGACAGCCUCCCCCUGUAGAAUUUCCAGACUACUUUUAGUUAACGAUAUUGAUUUGGCAGGCAGGGUGCUCCGGGAAUACAUACGUCCAUACAUGUACCACAUCACUAAACACGGCUCAGAAUAAACAUUUGGCUGCAUGUCACUGCAAAGGCUGCAGUGUGACAGGGAAAAUGCAUUAAGGCUCAAACAGUGAUCAUAUUUUGCGAACAGCUUACGUAGACAUAGGUUAGUUAAAUGUAUUGUAGAUGGAAAAAUCUGGUUAAGAUUAAAAAAAUCAACUGCAUUCUUAAAAUCUUUUAAUGUACAUGAUAACUUUGAAAGCAUAAGAAUAAUGAAAAAUAAAUAAAUUUUGCACCUGCAAAGUUAAA